AUGAUCACUUGGGCUUAUUUCAGCGAAGUGUUCAUGGGUGUUGAUGUGCCGUUAGACAACUAUAAGCAACGAGUUCGCGGAGCUUUCUAUCGUGGAUCUCGGUUGUUGAAUCCUCUAUCUCAAUUGAUGAAUGUUCCGCUUGAUCAAAUCAACUAUGUACUCUGUGGCUUAAUCAGUUUUGCUCUAGGCCAGUUGAUGCGACGUCGUUUCGGCCCGGGAAAAACUACACCGCACCGUCGCGCAUUGCUGGAAACUUUCUUUGGGAUAAUACUCUUAUCCUUUUGCUUCGGCAAUCAGGUCCGCGUAUUGUUACUCCAGAGCACUGUGGCAUACAUGAUGCUUCUAUUCCUGCCCCAGUCCCGGUUGACAGCGGCUCUAGUCACAAUAUGGUCCAUGUUCUACAUGACUCUUGUUCAUUUGUGCCGUAAGCAAUACGAUUACGGUGGUUAUACACUGGAUAUUUCCGGCCCAGUUAUGGUACAGACUCAGAGACUUUCCAGUUUGGCGUUCAAUCUAGCUGAUGGUGCUCGCAUCCGUCGACUUCGCCAAGUCAAGCGCGAACGGGAAGAUGGUAUGCAAGCCAAAACAGAUGCUUCCCCGGAGGACUUGAAUUCUGAAGAUCCCAGCUGGCCUUUCUCGGCUCAGGUAUCAAUGCAAGCCCUAAAAUCCAUGAUGACCCGACAGCUACAAUCGAUGGCCGAUGCACGAGCUCAUUGUGGGGCUGAGCUGAGGUCCUAUUUGAAUCGCAUCCGAGCUCGAGCACCAGCUUCAUUACGGCCAGUGAUCCGAUCAUACAGUGCUGAUCGUGUAAACGAAGUGGAUGAGUUGAUCCGCAUUCCACCCAAUCACAUGACACAUGCCGUCGACCAGGUCCCCGGACCUGUUUCGUUUUUCGCCUACACACUCUAUUUUCAUGGUGCAUGUGUCGGACCGUUUGUCUUUUACUCGGAAUAUCAAGAAUACCUGAAAGGCUACGGCAAGUCAGAGAUGCCACCAAUAGCUUGGCGCUCUCUGAAUCUGUUGGCUUUGCGGACAUUGGCGUGCGGUCUCCUCUCUGCCUAUUUGACACCGUAUUUCCCAUUCAAUUUUGUCCUGGACAAUGAGUUCCAGACUUGGUCCGUGCUUCGUCGGAUUGCUUAUACCACUUUCGCCUUGCUCCUGGUACGACAAAAGUACUAUUUCGCUUGGGGAUUGGCUGAGGUCGAUGGAAUCGGCGCGGGUCUUGGGUACACCGGUAUUUGUCCCAAAACCGGUGAGCCGCUCUAUCCACACGUGAUCAAUUUUGAUCUGCGUCAAAUUGAGUCCGGUCUUGGCCUUAAACACGUGAUCGAUGCGUGGAAUAUUUCAACUACUCGGUGGCUUCGUGAGGUAUUCUACGAUCGGUUGCCGCGAUCCUUUCGAACACCUUUAGUGUUCAUCAUCAGUGCAUUUUGGCACGGUUUCUACCCUGGUUACUAUCUAAUGUUUCUCACCUUUGCUUUAUUCACAAUUGUUUCCCGCAUGUGGCAUCGUACUGUUCGACCGUACUGUCGACCAAACCACGUCUGCGCUCAGGCCUAUGACUUAUUCACAAUGGUCGUGACCAAUAUGGCAAUCAAUUAUGCUCAGGCUCCGUUCCACCUGCUUGAUUGGUCUGCCUCGCUUACAUUCUGGUCUGCGUUCUACUUCGUGCCGCAUAUGAUCGCGUUCUUGCUCCUGCUUAUCCGAUUCGUUCAGCCGCGAUUGGCUCGUUCGGUUCGCGCUCGACGUCUGAACCAUUUUGUCCCCAUUAUUUGUCAUAGUCGCAGUGUGGGCGGCUAA